AUGCCCGCGUCACCGCGUGCACCUGACGAGCUGUGGUCAGGUUCUUGUGCAUCGCGUUUCCAUUCUGAGGUCAGCAACACACUUACACCCAUCUCAUCACCACCCAUGGAGCAGAACCGCGGUCGCUCGCCCUCGGCGCGCCACGCAAACCACAUAAGGCAGCACACCUCUGCCUCGCCGCACCCGCCCACUCUGGCCUCCUCUUCAUAUGUCACCGGCGAUACCCUCAGCAGUGCCACACCGCAGACCACCUUUCCCGGCCUGAACACCCCCGGCGCAUUCGGCGACCCGUCCUUCACCCAGGACUACACCCAGCAAGCACAGCUAGGCUUCGGACCCACCUAUACCGACUACGAGCAACAGCAGGCACAGCCACAGCAGCAACAGUCGCAAACCAACAACGUCACAAACCACACCUUCCUCCAGGCGCAAGGCCGGUCACCCGCUGACACGACCAACUCCGCACCCAACGCGUUUCCCUCCUUCGACUUCAACCAGACUGGCUUCGACCAGAACACUUCGCUAGACCCAAGCCUACUCUCCGCCGACCUCGACCUGCUGCCGACCGGCUCAGAGAACGUGGGCAUACUAGACCCCAUGGCGACCACGUUAUCCUCGCACUCGCCGACCCCUCCGCACCUCUUCAACAACGACAUGGGCAGACGCAGCUCAGCUAGUCCCAGCCCGCACGCCUCUCCGCGAUUUCCACAAGCGCAACCAAACAACUUUGGCAUGAACAGGCCGCGACAGGUGUCUGAGUCGCUGGAUCCCUCGAGUGCGUUGUAUCCACAAGGACAAGGAAACGAGUGGAUGGGAAUGGGCGCAUACCGAUCGCAUAAGCGGACACCUUCAGACAACCUCUCAGACAUAUCGUCAAAUCACGCUUCGCCGUACAUGGGCACAUUGGACGACAUGAACUCGCACACCUCUCCACUUCUCAACCCGACUAGCGAUCCCUCCUUCAACAAUGGCCUUGGGCUCGACCAGUUUAGCCUGAGCGAGCACCAACAAUUCGCAUCACAUAGCCCCGGUCAUAGUCCCGGACACUCCCCAUACCUCGCUCCACAGCAGCAACAGACACUCCCACCAUUCACAGCAGAGAACAAUUUUGGGCUGAAUCCUACUUCCAAUGGACGAUUCGUGCAGCCACAAAACGGGUAUGAUAUGUUCUCAGGCAUGGGCACGGAAGCAUUCCCUUCACUCAACCAAGGCGGAAGCCCAGGUGAAUUCGGACAAGCAGAUCACAUGAGUCCGCCAGAAAUCAACAUCGACUUUGCGCCACCAUCGAGAGUGCCGACGACCAAUAUGGAGGAUGCUAACUCAGCAGAUGCGCUUAGUCCGCCGGCAAGAGUGCCCAGUCGGCAACGAGCUAAAUCCGACUCUAACAUUUCAAGGUCAACAUCACCCGCCGCAAGCAAUCGAGGCAGAUCUCCUUCUGCAGGAGGCGUAAGUCUGUCUCCGUACAACAACUCGAAGCCAGCUUCCCGAUCGCCUUCUCCCGCUUCUCGAGGACGAAACGGCUCCCUGAACCGGAAUCGCAGCUCGAGCAACGCCUCGGAUCAGCGUGACUACAUCCUGGAUCUGGCCAAUCCGGAGCGGACACCUUCCAACGGACCUGGCGACAAGCGUGGUCAGAAGCACCCGGCCACGUUCCAAUGCACACUCUGCCCGAAGCGCUUCACGCGAGCAUACAACCUCCGGUCGCAUCUUCGAACGCACACGGAUGAGCGGCCUUUUGUGUGCACAGUCUGUGGCAAAGCAUUUGCACGUCAGCACGACCGGAAGCGACACGAAGGUCUGCACUCCGGAGAGAAGAAGUUCGUCUGCAAGGGUACUUUGCAGAGCGGAUCAUCCUGGGGCUGCGGAAGACGAUUCGCCCGUGCUGAUGCGCUGGGACGACACUUCCGUUCGGAAGCUGGUCGCGUGUGUAUCAAGCCUCUACUGGACGAAGAGGCUGCCGAGCGACAACGUGCUUACAUCGAGGAACAACAACAAGCACAAGUUGCCGCCGGCCUCGUGGCGCCGCAGCCGCUCAUCAACCAGCCACAGAUGGACAUGAUGAGCAACUUCCUACCCGAAGCCCUUCUCGCACAGUAUCCAGCCUUGAGAGGGCUUGACUGGAACACAAUACCGCAAGGACCUCCACCAGACGAAGACGCCAGCGGCAGGAAUUCCUUUGAUGGCUCGCACGGCGGGAGCGACUACAACGAAGACUUCUCCGAGAACGACAUGAGCGGGUACUCCGAUUCCAACAUGGGCGGCAUGAACAAUAUGAAUAACAUGAACAUGGGCAUGAACCAGAUGCAAACGAACGGUAUGCAACAGAACUACUUCGGCGGCAAUCAGGCCGGAGACUACCUCAGCGAUUUUGAGGGACGAUGA